GCUCCGCCAUGGCCUAUUUGUUUACUCUCAUUGCGAUGUGUUUUUUCUUUUGUGUAAAUUCAGAUGAAAUAAGCAAUGAUAUAGUUUUGACCACAAAAGUAGAAAGUUCUACAGCUCUGAAUAGUGAGGACACGGAGGCGAUCCCGCCUCGGUUUCCCUACAUAGUGUCCAUACAGGAGAACACCAAAGGAUACUUCAAACAUAUCUGCGGUGGAGCCAUCAUCGAUGUCCAAUUCGUGUUGACUGCUGCGCAUUGCGUUACAAAGCCCAAGCCCCUCGAUACGAACCAAUUGUAUGUCGUAGGUGGCUCCAAUACGUUAAACAGCAAGAAUGAGACACGCUUCGGAGUUAUUCAGAUGAAGGUACAUCCGAAUUUCAAGCUGCUCCACGGCCAUGACAUUGUCUUGCUACGCGUGAAGCCGAAAUUCCAGUUUGACAAUUCUCGAUUUGGUAGAAUUAAUUACAAAGUAAUUAGACGAGAUGGCGGCAUAAGUGCCACAUUCUUGGGCUGGGGCCGUAUUAAAAGGGGAAACAAAAAGGAUCUAGAUUUGGUACCCUUCGAGACCAUUAAUGACAAAGUUUGCUUGCAGAAUUACAAGUUCGUUUUUCUCACUAAAUCAGAGAUCUGUGCCAUGCAUAUGGGAGCUACACGUGGUGCCUGUGAUGGCGAUUCUGGUGGACCCUUGGUGGAUGUUAACAAACAAUUUCUGUACGGCUUGCUUUCCUAUGGCAGAAAAGCUUGUCAGAAGGGACAACCUUAUGCAUUUACCCGGAUCAGCAUGUAUGGGGAUUGGAUAAGAGAUGAAAUGAAUGCAAUGAUUAUGAAUUAGUAGUUAAAUUUGAUUUGCCGCGCAAAUAAAAACAGUGCUGCAAGAGCUUACGAUGCAACA